AUGAUCGUUUGGCGAACGAAGAACACGAGCCGUCGGAAAUAUAGCAGCUGGUCCAAAAUGGCUACAAAUGUCGCGUCUCACAUAUCAAGGACAACUGUCAUCUGGUUAAUGCUAGCUUUAGUAAAUACAAGAGUUCGCGCUGGCGAGCUGUGGCCAAUGGAGAGGCCAGAGGGCAUGCCCGUCAUCCAGUCGUUAGAAGUCAUGUGCGGCAAGGAUCACAUGGACGUGCACCUAACAUUCUCACAUCCAUUCGAGGGCAUCGUGUCAUCUAAAGGGCAACAUGGCGACCCCCGAUGUGUGUACGUGCCGCCAUCCACGGGACAAACGUAUUUCUCGUUUAGGAUCGCGUACGCGAAAUGUGGAACGAAACCUGACCUCCACGGGCAGUUUUAUGAGAACACAGUAGUGGUGCAGUAUGACAAAGAUUUGCUCGAGGUGUGGGAUGAGGCGAAGCGAUUGCGUUGCGAAUGGUUCAACGAUUAUGAGAAAACUGCAUCUAAACCCCCGAUGGUUAUUGCUGAUUUAGACGUCGUGCAACUGGACUUUAGAGGCGACAACGUCGACUGUUGGAUGGAGAUACAAGCAGGAAAAGGUCCUUGGGCGCCACCAGUCUCUGGAAUAGUUCCUCUCGGUUCUACGUUAACUUUGGUCGUAGCGAUCAACGAUUAUCGAGGUGAGUUCGAUAUGCGAGUAAAGUCGUGCGCUGCUUCCGAUGGCUCUGGACACGUUAUUCAGUUAUCAGAUGAAUACGGAUGUGUCUUACGCCCUAAAAUGAUUUCUAGGUUCCUUAAGGCAAAAGCAGCAGAUGAAAGAGCUACAGUUAUAACUUACGCCUUUUUCCACGCAUUUAAAUUCCCCGACGCUCUCAGUGUACAUAUUCGGUGCAAAGUUGAAAUCUGCAGACAUGGAUGUCUUGAUCACUGCCAACUUGAGGGCGUAACACCGCAAAGACAUGGAGCACUGGACAGGAAGGAUGAUAGAACACAUCAAGAUCAUAAUGAUAUCAGUGACUCUUCUGCUGAAGGUUCGGACACGAGUCUAGCAGAGGAGUAUCAACGUCUCCCAUUGGAGGAAGCCUUCGGAGAUGAGGUCUCAGGUGACGUCGUACCGGCGCCAGCACCACUACCUCAGCGGGCUCCAGCUCCUGUCAUGGAAUCUGAAUCUGAUCAAAUUUCAUCUCUGGAAGACGCUUUCGAAUCAUUAAACAAGAGACCAUUCACUGAUCGUACGCCUGAACACGAACGUUUCCCACAUGGACCAAGGAAUCUAGCUUCGAGUAUGAAUAAAGGACAGGGAGGAGAAUCAGCGAUCCCAACAAAAGCACGGGGUCCAGCUGUCGCUGGUCCUAGAUCCUUAAGAAAACGUCGCACGGUGCGUGACGCCAGAUCUGCGGAUGUCGGUGUUUCAGGAAUUUACGAUGUUGUUUCUGAAGCAGACUUAGCAUUCGGACCAUCUAGAGAACCUGUGACUGUUUUCAGUGGGAGAAUACGGGAAGAGGUUGUCUACGGUGUGUGUAUGGGUGCAGUGAGUUUUGGAGCGUUAUUCGCGUCUGCAGCAGGCGCUGCAGCUGGUGCAGCUCUAGCCGCUGCUGUGCUGCUGCACAAACUUCGGUCAAGAAUGGCCUCCGAGCCCCCAGUGCCAAUAUCACCAGCGCCGGCAUCUCACUCUCUUGCUGCAUGGAUGGCUCUAAGACUCUUGGGCUCCCCUCCCCACCCACAUCAUUCUCAUGAAGGCUGA